CUCUUCCACGAUAAUCGAUAUUGCGGGCACGGUUAUAUUUAUUUCUAUUAUUCACUACAUUUGUAAUCGAAACAUUUAAGGGAAUGCAGCUUGUGAAAGAGGCGAAAAUGAAAUACACGGAGUUACUUAUUCUAUUUAUGUCGGUUAAAUUCUUGAUAGCAGAAGCGAAUCCAUCCAAAGAAGAUGUGAUAAAGUUUUCCACACCUGUUUAUUUUUCAAGUGAUUUUGCGAUUUCUACGAACGAAAUACAUGAAUAUAUAGCAUUUCCUUUUUCCACGCUCUGUAAGUACAAGAAAUUCAGAUGUCAAAUUACCAAACGGAAUGAAACUAAGUACUAUUAUCCUGUGGAACAAGUAAAAAUUGGGGACGCCGACAUCACCGACCAGUCCCAGUUUAUUAAUGCUGAUAUGAGUGAUGUUGUGGAGUUUACUCCAAUUAACAUAUUUUUACCUUUUCAAUUCGUCAUUAAAAACAAGAAUCUAGAACUUUCUUGGAAAUCACUAAUUUCUCCGUUCUCUUUUUGGAAAACCUUUCAUAUAAAGGUGUGGCUGGUGAUUUUCUUCUGUACUUUGGUCGCUGGAAUACUCAUAUUUAUAAUACUGAGUUACGACAAAUCACCAGAAGACAAUAACAAAGAUUGGAAUAAAAAAAGAUUCGUUUGGUUUCUGUUUGGAAGUUAUCUUAACCAAGGAAUCGACUUCAAAGUCGUUAAACGCUCAUCCUCCAGAGUGGCCUUGGUCUUCUGGAUUCUUCCGGUUUUGAUCAUAUGUUGGGCUUAUGGUGGAACGUUAACUUCAUUUAUGAUUACCAAGGAAAAACAGCCAUUGCCAAAAACGUUUGAAGAAUUAGCAUCAGCUGUCCAGAAAGGAGAAUUUACUUGUACUGCACCUGAUCUCCCGUAUGUGAUGAACUUCUUUAAGAAUUCCAAACUAAGUUAUUUGAAAAUUUUAUAUGAAGAAAUUUUAAGCAAUGAUAUCAUAGAUACAUACGAUUUGUUUAUGAACGGUAACGAUGAAUCCUUCGAUUACACUCGUGUUGCAUACAUUUACAAUAUGGGUUUCAUGAAAAUUUCUGAUUUCGAAACCGCCAUGGAUGUGACAGCGUCUGACGAUGUAUUAUUUUCCAUGCCUUCAGCAUUCGUUAUGAGAAAAGGAUUUCCCCAUAAAGAAUAUUUCAACAAUAUAAUGUACAAUAUAUUCGAAAGUGGCGUUCAAGAUCAUGAUACAGAAGUUGACACGUGGAACAAUCCGCUUACGAAACAUAUUAAAGAGAGAGCUUCACAUAUUCACAUAAUGGUAGAAUUCUAA